AUGCUUCGAUUGGGUUCUCGGGUUCUUUAUAGGGACAUAAAAUGCAGCUUCAGACCCUUAUGGUACUCUACAUCGCGAUGGAAGUACCCUACAGAUCCCAAUACUACUGGAUAUAUGAAAUAUAAGAAUUACAAGAUUGAUCUGAAGAACAAUCCAAUUAAAGUGAGUUCAGACCAGGAAUUGGCUGAAAGAAUGGAUAAGAUUCCUUUGAAAAACUAUAGAAACUUCAUAAUUGUGGCCCAUGUGGACCACGGUAAAUCCACUUUGAGUGAUAGAAUGCUAGAGAUCACUGGAGUGGUUGAUCCCAAUGUCGCAAAUAAGCAGGUACUCGACAAGCUAGACGUUGAGAAAGAGAGAGGCAUUACUGUUAAAGCCCAAACGGUCUCGAUGAUCUACUAUUACAAAGGAGAAGAUUACCUAUUUCAUUUGGUUGACUCUCCCGGUCACGUAGAUUUCAGAUUGGAGGUCACUAGAUCUUAUGCUUCUUGUCAAGGAGCGCUACUUUUGGUUGAUGCUUCUGAAGGUGUCAAGGCUCAAACUGUGGCCAAUUUUUAUCUUGCAUACUCAAUGGAUCUUAAGCUUAUUCCAGUAAUUAAUAAAGUGGAUCUAGAUACGGCUGAUAUUUCAAAGACAGAGGAACAGAUUCAAUCGAUGUUUGAGCUUCCAAGGGAUGAUAUCGUUCACGUGAGUGCCAAAUCCGGUCUUAACGUUCAAUAUCUACUUCCUCAAAUUAUAGAAAAGAUCCCACCGCCACUUCAUUGCAGACCAGAGGCACAUUUCAGGGCCCAGAUUGUUGAUUCAUGGUAUGAUUCGUAUCUCGGAGUCAUUAUGCUUAUCAAUAUCGUGGAUGGGACCGUGAAGAAGGGAUCUAAGAUCGUGGCAUAUAGAACUAAGGAUAAAUAUGAGGUGAAAGAGGUAGGAAUCAUGUAUCCAGAUAGGAAGCCCUUUCCCAAAUUGGUAGCCGGACAGGUGGCAUACAUUAUUCCUGGACUCAAGGAUCCCAACACAGUCUAUGUUGGUGAUACUCUAUACGAAGCGGGCGCGGAUAUAGAACCAUUGGAAGGAUUUGAAGAACCAAAACCAAUGGUGUUUGUGGGAGCAUUUCCAGCGCAAGGUACUGACUUAAAAAAGAUGGAGGAAAGCUUGGAGCACUUGUUUCUUAAUGACCGUUCUGUGACUUUCCAACAUGCGACAUCCAGCGCCUUAGGGCAAGGUUGGAGGUUAGGUUUCUUGGGAUCGCUACACGCGUCGAUAUUUAAAGAGAGAUUAGAGAAAGAAUACGGAGAGAAGUUGAUUAUCACAGCUCCUACUGUUCCAUAUAAGGUGCACUAUAAGGAUGGCCACGAAGAAAUCGUUUCAAACCCUGAUGACUUUCCUGACAAUCUUCGGAAGACAACAAUAUCUCACUUCAGCGAGCCUUAUGUCGAGGCGUAUAUGUCUCUUCCACAAGAAUAUGUGGGUAAAGUAAUGCAACUAUGUGAUACCAAUAGAGGAGAACAAAAAGAGAUCCAAUACAUGACGAAUGGCCAGGUUCUUAUGACCUAUUUGAUUCCAACUGCACAGCUAAUAGACGAUUUUUUUGGCAAAUUAAAAGGUAUUACCAGAGGAUAUGCGUCGUUGGACUAUGAAGACGCUGGAUACAAACCAUCGGAUGUCUACAAAUUGGAAAUAUUGGUUAAUGGUGAGAGUAUUGAUGCACUUUCGAUGGUGAUGCACAAGUCGCAAAUAGAGAAGAAUGCAAGAGAAUUUGUCAAGCGGUUGAAGCAAUUCUUACGUAUUCAGCAGUUUGAAGUGGCCAUCCAGGCCCAGGCAAACGGACGAAUAUAUGCUAGAGAGACUGUUCGGGCCAGGCGGAAGGAUGUGUUGGCUAAACUACACGCUUCUGACAUUACUAGAAGAAAAAAAUUGUUGGUGAGACAGAAGGAAGGUAAAAAGCUAUUGAAAUCGGUAGGAAGAGUUAAAAUCCCACCGCAAGCCUACCAAUCAUUUCUUAGAAAGCAAUAA